UUCUUCCCUAGCUAGAUUAGAUGCAGGCACUCCGUCAACCAACCGCCUUCGUCCCUGUUUCAUAAACCCUAAACCCUCCUAGGGUUUAGUCUUCACUUUCUUCUUUCUCCAAACAGAAAAGAAGCAGAAGAAAUCGAAAAUGAGCGGCUUAUUUCUUCUGAGGAAGUCUUCCGUAUCUAAAAGGCUCGCUCUCACUGUGAUCAACAAUCUAUUAUCUGAGAAAUCAAUUACCAGAAAUUCCGUUGUUUCGCCUAAAUUUCACAAUUAUGUCGCCACUUCGAGAGAAAAGUCACCGGUGCCUUCAUUUGCACCUUUUUAUUCAGCUACGAGAUGUUUUCACGCCGGCCGGGCCUUGCGGGCCGAGUAUGCAGUGGCUGAUUUAUCUGAUGCGGAUGACAGGAGAGCUUCGAAUGGGGUUGCGGAUGACAGGCUUGAGAUCGCGAAGCUUGGGAUUUCGCAAGAGAUUGUCGCCACUUUGGCCCGUAAGGGUAUCACUAAACUCUUCCCUAUUCAGAGAGCUGUUCUGGAACCAGCAAUGCAGGGGCGUGACAUGAUAGGUCGAGCAAGGACUGGAACAGGAAAGACGUUAGCUUUUGGCAUUCCCAUAAUGGAUAAGAUCAUUCAGUACAAUGAGAAGCAUGGUCGAGGAAGGAAUCCUUUGGCCUUAAUCUUGGCACCAACCAGAGAACUUGCGCGUCAAGUGGAUAAAGAAUUCUAUGAAUCUGCUCCUGGCUUAGAUACUCUAUGUGUUUAUGGGGGUGUGCCUAUUACACGCCAAAUGAGUUCUCUUGACCGAGGCGUUGAUAUUAUUGUUGGUACCCCUGGACGAGUUAUUGAUUUGAUCAAGAGGGGUUCUUUGAAUUUAUCGGAAGUAAAUUUUUCCGUUCUAGAUGAAGCUGAUCAAAUGCUUAAUGUGGGAUUUGCCGAUGAUGUUGAGACUAUCUUGGGAUACAUGACACAGAAGCAUCAGACGAUGAUGUUUUCAGCUACUAUGCCUAAAUGGAUACUAAAACUUACGCAAAAGUUCCUAAAGAAUCCGGUUACUGUUGAUCUUGUGGGAGAUUCUAAUCAGAAAUUACCAGAAGGGAUUUCCUUGUAUGCAAUUGCAGCAGAUAUGCGUGAGAAACCAGCAAUGAUUGGAUCUCUAAUAACUGAGCAUGGGAAAGGAGGAAAAUGUAUUGUUUUUACCCAAACAAAACGUGACGCUGAUCUUUUGGCAUAUGCCAUGCAAAGAAACUUUAGUUGUGAAGCCUUGCAUGGUGAUAUCUCACAGAACCAAAGGGAAAGAACUCUGUCUGGCUUCCGAGAUGGGCGAUUCAAUAUUUUAGUUGCUACUGAUGUAGCUGCUCGUGGCCUUGACGUGCCAAAUGUCGAUCUGGUGGUACAUUAUGAACUUCCAAACUCUUCUGAGAUUUUUGUUCAUCGAUCUGGACGAACGGGCCGUGCUGGGAAAAAAGGUAGUGCAAUUCUCAUCUAUUCAUCCCACCAGUACAGGGAUGUCAAGGCUAUAGAACGUGAAGUUGGAUGCCGGUUUGUUGAGCUCCCGAGAAUUGCAGUUGAAGAGGGAGCUAUGGACAUGUACCGUGACAUAGACCGUGGUAGCAGUGGUUUUGGUUUUAAUAGAAACACGGGGGGUGGUAGGUUUGGUGAUUCAGGAUUUGGCCGUUCUGGUGGCUCUGGGAAUUUUAGGGGUGGUCGUUUUGGUGGACCUAGUUCUGGUCGAUCAGGUGGUGGAUUUGGUGGAGGCCGCUCAGGCAAUUUUGGCGGUUAUGGAUCUGGCCGUUCAGGUGGUUUUGGAGACCUAGGUGGUUCAGAUCGGAAUAGUGGCUUUGGAAACCUUGGUGGUCCAAGUCGCUCAAGUGGUUUUGGGGAUUUUGGUUCAGGUCGUUCCAGUGGUUUUGGCGAUUCAAACUCUAGACAGAAUACUAGGUCAGGCCGCUUUGGUGACGAAAAUAAUGAUGGUGACCGUAAUACAGGGAGGAGAUUUUUCUGAAGCUAUUUGAGCAUAAUUUGAAUUAUAGAAGCAGAUGUGAAGAUUACGUGGCAAUUAUCAGGGUGAACAUUUGCGUCAGUACUGCUUCUGGUUACGAUAGCAAGAAGGACGAUAUCAUAAUAAACAUUUUUGUUUGAUCAAAAACAUGGGAAGCAACCCCAUCAAUUGAUCAGUUGCUGCACAAAAGAAGUUCCUGUAUAUAAUCUAAUGGUAUUUGCUAUUUGUUCAUAGUUGGUUCCAAGCAUAGAGUGAAUUCAAGGAACAUUCUAAUUCCUUGGGAACAUCCAUAUGGGAAAUGAUGUACUUGUUGUCGUGGACGAUAUAAUAGUAGAUUUAGCGUUCUAUUCUUACACGCUAUCUUGCAUUGCGAUUUAUAUGAGCUUAGGCGUUUAUUUAAGCUGUACCAAUAAGUGGGCAUACUGAUCUUUAUAUUGGCAAUUAAUAUGAGAUAUUCCGAUAUAUCGACUGUUCAUGUU